CCAAUAUGGACACAAAGAUGGCGGAAACGAAGUUGAGCUUCCAGCUGGUUUCCUUUUGCCUGCACAUGAUCUUGCUGUUUGGAAGAAAACAGUAAUAACUACAAACUCGAGUGCAAAUUACGUAUUAGAAACACUCUACUCACCAUCACGACAAUGAAGCUGUCUCCGCGUGUUGUGCCAGGAGCACUUCAUUCACAAAAUCGAGGGGCUUGUGAUUGGUGAGUUUUCAUUGCCGAAUGUGGGGGAUUGGUAAGGCUGGUAAUUUUACGGAAGAAUAUUAUUUUGUUUUUAUUAUGUGCUCUUGAUUUCUUCUAGAUCAAGAGCUAUUUUGAGAUGUAACAAUUUUAAGGGAACUGCAGGCGGAGGGGGGCGCAAGGGGGGUCCGAAAACCGCAAAACCGCACAGAAAUACGCCAAAAAACCGCAAACCGCAUUGGAUUUUUUCCCGAAUACCGAAACCGCGCGUACAUGUAGGCCACAAUAUGAAAGCUGACAUCAUCAGAAUAUAUCACAUGACUUGUGAUAUAUUCUGAUAACAUUAGGGCCAUUUAUACGGGGAAAAAUAAGACGCGUCUUACAUAAGACGCGUCUUAAAUAAGACGUGAACUGUACCAUUUAUACGAGCAUGUCUUAUCUAAGACAAGAACAGCUCGUAUAAAUGGUUCGUGCCUUAUUUCUGUUCUUGACUCGUUUUCAUGUGAAUGUUGCCCGUAGCAACUCCAAUCCAACGUGGCGCGCCAAAAAUUAAUGCAUGCGUACCAUGCGUUCGCGUCUUAUUUAAGACGCAAUGGUCAUUUAUACGAAGUUUUUCUCGUCUCAUCUAAGAACAGGUGUUAAGGGUUGUUCUAAAAUAAGCCGCGUCUUAUUUUAGACGAAAUGUGCCGUUUAUCGGGAAAGUUCGCGUCUUAUUUAAGACGCGUCUUAUUUUUCCUCGUAUAAAUGGCCCUAUUGUGCGUUAGUAUUAAACAUACCAUCAUAACGCUAACGAUUAUAUUGUACUACACUAUUAUACUCUAUUUAGUACUAACCAAAUGCCAAGUAUGCUGGUCAUGUACUUGAACGAGUAUUGAUAUCUCCCUUGACUUUGAAAAACUCUGUCACUGAUUUUGUACCUCUUAAAUUGGGUGACUGAUUACUUUGGACGACCCUGUGCUAGUUGUGGAACGCGGAAUAAAUGUUUCUUCUGGAAUUGUGACCUUCUUGUCUCGUAAAGAGUUCACGUUCAGUGGAGAAGACGAUUGUUAAAACGUACAGCUCUUCUGAAAUUCUCCCCUUCCUUUCCUUCUUCAUAGAAGAUUGCCAUGCAAUUAAUUAUUACGUCCUCUUCGCUUUCAGUUGCAACCUCGACGACCUCAGUUGCCAUUGUCGCGCAUUGAAUCAAAGCAACGAGAACACGAGGUUGUACGGCUGUACGAGCUAACAUCCGGCAUGGAAUUUCACAAAAUUGACUCAUUAUUGGGCAAAACGGUUAAUCACAUUAAGUAUUAACUGGAAAAGGCUGUAAUUGCAAACCACAGAGUUAAAUUGUAAGCUGACAUAAUGAACCCUGAUGCAUUGUAAAACAAAACACUUGGCUCGCGCUUGCAAAACAACCGGAUGCCGACUGUUCUAAAGAGUGUUAUCACCGCAGACACUUUUUUUUUACUGAAAACCGCGACUUAAAGGUUGUAAUAACCGCAAACCGCUUAGUGUUUUGAAACCGCAAUACCGCGAGUUAAAAUAUAAAUUACCGCAAAACGGCACCAAAAAUAACGCAAAACCGAAUCACCGCAAACCCUUACACCCCCCUCCAGACGGCAGGGGGUAUUUUGCAGAACGCCAAAUGACUCUGAGCUAGACUCUGAGUUUAUGUACCUAUCAAUGUAAACCCCGUGGGUUGCGAGGGUUUCAAACCAAUAAUAUUGUUCAUAUGGUGUCACGUUCGUUCCGCCUCGUUCAUAAUUUUCGCGCAUGUGGAGAGUCAUGCCUCUUACUUCCCUUUUUAAUAAUGUAGAGUCUACAUGACGGGUCCACUUAAGAUCAUUGCUAACAUAAACUCCAAGCAGCUUUAUAAACUGUGACCCUUUUGAUUCUGUUGCCAUCAAUGUAUUCAUGCCGAUAUCUUAAAAGUAACUUUGGGAGCUCUCAUUGAAGUCACGCUAUUGUUCUGAUACAAUACAACAGACAGAGAACCACUUGAGUGUUGGCAUUAUUGGCCACUUGUCUGAGGGGCAGUUUCACUGAUUAUCAAACCGAUGCAUUAGUUAACAACGAUAAUUCCAAGCGAAGAGAGUUUAUAAUCUCGUCAACCUCAGACUAGGGACAUACAUAUGUGCCCCUCACUAAGAGGGUCUCAUAACUGUUCAUGAGUUUGUUUGAUGUGUUAAUGCCUUUUGAGACAAUGUCAUUGGUUAUAGACCUGGGGAUGGGACUGGGCACCUGAAUACAACUGAAUUUCAUGGAAUGGGGAAAUAUACCCCCUGCCCUUCCCAAAGACGUCUGUGUUCUUUCCAGCCAGCAGCCUGACAUGUUAUUGAACAGAUCUCCCUCCUUUUCUUAUGGAAAAGUACUGGGCCCUGCUUUACUAGCUGCUAAAACUGACCUUUUCCUUAAAUAAAUUUGAGGAAUGAUGAAGAAAGUUGUCUCUAGGAAAUUCUUAUGUCCAUCUACCAUUAUUUCCUUGACUUACCAUUACCUCCAUUCCUCUGAUCUCUCGUGUAAUUUAAGUUAAGCUACACCAGCCUCCUUUGAGUAAACUCCCUUCCCUCCUCCAAUUAGUUGGUUGAGAUUUACAAUGUAAAAUAAGCACCUUGGGAUGGCUUGAGGAAAUAAUGGUCUCUUGUUUCUAGAAACUAAUUGUAAAGGCAUUAUCGAGUAUCUUUUGUCUUUUUCAGGGGAUGGCAGUCAGUCAUUGCUUAUGGGUGUCAAAACUUUGUGGUUGUUUUUGAUCCCAAAUCAGUACAGGUACUAAAUAAAAAAUGGUCAUGUAUUUGAUUGUGGUUUAAAUUAUAGAUUUUUAUGGACUAUCUUUUUUUGUAGGUUAUUCAAGUACUUAACUUGCACACUGCACCCUGUACAAAGGUAACUAUUAUCUUUCAGAAUUUGUAUGUUUGGAAUGUAGUUGUAAGCUAAAGGGAUCUUUGGAAAAAGUCCAUGUGACUUACGAUAAACUUCCAGAUUUUCCUUUCAAUUAGGGACCUUAUUCCUUGAAUUUUUUUCAAUAUUAAUUUUCAGUAAUAAAACAGUAUUUUUAACUGGUUUGAGUUUUAAUAUGUAACAAGGGAAAAAGUAAUAAGUUUUAUGAUUUUGGUAAGACAAUGUCAUAUGUGAUUUUUAAAUCUUAUUAUGUGACUAGCUAUUCAGUGAAACCACUUUUUCAUUGGCCGGUAUAAGGGAUGUAUGAUAUCAACGUCUCAUAUGUGCUGUUUUAGGUAAAAUGGGCCCGUAACAACUUUCACCAUGACUUAAAUUCACCAUAUGUUCUUCGCUUGGCUUCUGGAGAUGCAGCUGGCAAUGUGAUUGUUUGGGACAUCUCCCAAGGUAGCUCAGUAGCAGAGUUUUCUGAUGGAAACAGGCCAGUUCUGGAUCUAGAGUGGCUUGGAACUCAGGAUGCUUGUCAUGAUCUGUUGGUGGUGCUUCAUGCACCAUCAUCAAUGAUUCUGUGGAAUGCUGACACUGGAACUAAGCUGUGGAAGAAGACUUUCCAAGAACCUUUACUAUGCUUCGCUUUUGAUCCCUUCACUUCAUCUAAUGUCACUUGUAAGUAAUUCUGGAAAGUAGAAUCUCUCUGAUGAUGAGUUCUGUAAUUUGUUGUAAAAAAAUAUCUGCAUAAUGUUUGUGUGAAUUAUAUUUCAUUAAUUUUCCAUUUUAGUUUUUUUAUAUUUUAAUUUUAUUACACUGUCAUAGAUUCUAUCACUGAAGUGAUUAUGUGAAAAUUGAAUCCAGUAGUCACUGUCACUACAGGCAUCAAUUUUAAAUCUGAAAUUUUAACUGCAUUGCAUGUGAAUUCACUGCUCAUUUGCAAGAAUCUGAUAAGAAUUCAUUUAUAGAAUCUUUAAGAGUAUGUUUUACCUGGCUUAACUAUAAGUAGCAAUGAUGUUGAUUACUUCUUAUGCACACUGUUUGAAAUACAGAGCAUUGUCUAUGAUUGAGAGUUACACAAGUCACAAAGAUACCACACUUCAUACACAUACCCUCUUUAAUAUUAAGGACACCUCUGCAAUGCAGAUAGUUGGAUGACUGUCCCUGUUGUGUUCAGGUUUGACUGUGUCACUAGACUGAGUGUUAUUAAUAUUAUUUUCUGUUUUGAUCUCAGUGAUGUGCCAAGAUUGGAUCCUUUUUAUUAAUGACUUUUCCAUCAACAAAGCACCAGAGAGUAAUGGCCGUAAGUUCUACCUGACAAGUUCAGGUGCCUCCUCACCCAGUAGCAGCUUCACAGGGUCCCCAACUGCAGGACCUGAUAGUAAAAAUUCAUCCAAACCUUCAACUCCCAGAUCUGCACUGGCUAGAGUCAGGAUUUGGGCAGGAGGUGAAUCAAGAAACAGGUACACACAAUACAAGUAUAGUAUCAUCUCUUAAGUGCAUAUAAAUUCUUUGUGCUGUCAUUUUGGAAAACCCUCAUGCUAUAGUGUCCUGCUUUCAUUUUAAUGGCAUGGAGUACAUACUACACAUAUGAUAACAUUUGUAGCAUGCAAAUGUCUAUGAUACAGGUCAAAUUUGAUUUCAGAACUCAUUUUGAUUUAACCUAGGUUGAUUCUCAAUUUCCAUUGUCUCCUAGCCCUAGAAGACAAAAGACACUGAGAAUCAACCUAGGUCAAAAACUUUUAACCCAAAAUAAAAUUUGACCUGUUAAAGCCAUAAUGGCUUAGUUUACUGUAGAGAUUUACAUUACACUUUAAGUAAGUCUUUGAACCAUCACCCCACCCCAGCAAGAUAACAUAAUUUUUCUUCUGUUUCAGGGCUGGAGAGGAAAAUGUUGCUUUCAGUGACUGCCUUCAGCUUGCAUACUUACAAUCUACUUGUCAUCACCUUCUCGCCUUGUUUCCUAGAGAAGUAAUGAUCUUAGACAUGGAGAUCAACCAAGCUGUGUGUUCAUUCAGUUUGGAACGAAACAGUCCUUCUUUUCUUCACAUCAUUCCCUGUCAGCAGCGUGAUGUCCUUAUGUGCUUACAUGAAAAUGGAAGUGUGAUCAUGCGAGUGCGAAGACGUGUAGCAAAGAACCCUUAUUUUGUAGAACCCAGUGAUGAAACCACCAGUGAUGCAAGCACAUCAGUGGAUAUUAUUUACGAAAAUAAGUGUCAGUCAGAUCCUUUGCGACUCAGCAAAUCAAGCAGAUUGUUUGGUUUCAUGUGUUGUCCCAUAAGUGAAAGAAAGGUUGCAUUGUUGAUCAGUGAUGGUAGAAUUAUUGUUUGGGAGUUAAAAGCCACAAGACUCCAGACCACAGAAGCAUCACUGAUGUCAGAAGAAGCUAUGACAGCAUCACUGCCAUUAGAUGCUGAACUUGGAGCUUUGCAUUGCAGCAUUAAUCCCAAUUUAACUCUUUCAAAUGUGAUCCCUCCACCACUUUCUUCUGGGAAAGUAAUUCCAAAUACAACUCAUUUCAAGUUCAUUAUGAGCAGCCUGUCAAGCACAGUGUCAUCUCCUCCAACAUGUGCUGUCAUGUGUCCACCCUUAACAACGAAAAACUGGUCUACCUACAAGCCACUCAUAGCUGUCGGUAAGCUCUCAGUAAAGCUGCAGUCAUGCUCAAGUGAUUUACCUGUAAUGUGCAAAUUGAAGUUUUCACUGCUAACAGCAUAAUGUUGCAAUGAUGGCAGUGAAUAGGAAUCCAUCUGCACCUUGUCCCUACUUCAGAGUGUAUACAACCUUUGCUUCUUUAUAUAAGCCUCAUUUAUUACUUAUCUAUGAAUCACACAUUUCGGGAAAAAAAAAACUUAACAUCCAGUGGUAGAUUGUGAAAACUUUUGAUGUCUGGAGUAGCAUUUUCACACCAAAUGCCAGAAUUCAAAAUAAAAAAGGAUUGUGACGAAGAAAUUUCAUCUCUUACCUUGUUUAAUUUUCUUACUAGGUAACAGUCAAGGUUGCAUUCAAGUUUUCAACCUUGGAACAGGAUUGCUUACCAGAGAAUACACCGUCCAUACUUGUGCAGUCAAGUAAGGGUAGAUGCAGAUUUUGUCUUUUCAAAUCCUGAACCUUCAUCAUAGACCAUAACAAUGAUGAUGAUGAUAACAGUGAUGAUGAUGAUGAUGAUGAUAAAUACAAUAACUACGAAUCAUUAUUAGUCAUGUCCUAACCACAAUGUAAAUAUUAAUGGAAUAUCUUUGACUCUUCUGUUUGGUUGUUUUAUCUUUGUUAACCUUUCUCCUGUUUUGUCACAGGGGGAUAACCUGGAGUAACCUGCACAGUUUCUUCUCCUGGGCUCAGUCAUCAGGAAGUUCCAGCAGAAAUGAGUUACAGCUAGUCAGUAUCAAAACUGGUAUGAUCAUCUCACCUGAAAGUUGUCGUCCUUUUUUAUCACAAGCUCAUUAAUUCAGCUACAACAAUAAAAUGGUCUUUGCUGCAGACUUUAGAAAAAGUCUUCAGUUCUUCAGUGACUUGUUAUCUUGUUGCAUUUAAGGUCAAAGUACUCCCAUUCAGCUUGGCAAAGCAGCCGAAGAAUCCACAGUAGAAGCAGUUAAGGUGUCUCAUCUGAGGUAAGUACUACAAGAACUUCUAUGCCAUAAGGGCCGAUUAAAGUUGCAGUGAAAAUUAUAACAAUGCAACAUGUUUUGAUAUUCGUCACUAAGACCCAAAAGUAUCAGAAAUGGCCAAACUAUGUCAUGAUAUCUUCCAAGACCCUAAUGCAUUGUAACAUUAAACAGGCAUACACCAAGGAAGUUGUCUGAAUUUUUGGCUUUACAAGAAUAUGUAGCUAUUGCUGCAAAAUCCAAAAGCAACUGUAAUAUAAUAAGGAGCAAUUAGACCAUUUAAAGCAACCAUAAUAAUCAAUAAAUUGAUGGAUUUUGCCAACAAGAUGCAAUCCUGAUUGUGAAAUGCCAGACUGUAAUUUGACUGUCAGUUUUUUUUCCAGUACCAGCAGCUGUAUCUUUCAGUUGACGUUCUUUUUUUAGCAAUUGUUUUUAUUUGGCAGGCAAUACUUCAUUGUCAUAAUCAAAGACAGGCCGCUACAGCUGUGGGAUUUAAAGAACCUAACAGUUCUUAGAGAAAUGCCAUCUAACUUCUCAUCAGUGACUGCUUUGGUAUGUAACGGUCAGCCGGGAAAAUUAGUGUUAAUGGAAGAAUUUUUGGUGUAAGGGGGACAUAAAUGUCAAUAUUGUGUAAUAAACCAAACUCCUGCUCUUAACAGGUUCUAGAAUUGACAAAAAAUACGGUGUACUUGCAGAACUUUUUUUCCAAGUAAGACAUACUAGGCUCAGAGUGUCAUGCUUUUGUUUGCUUUGGAGUCUUGGACAUUUGUUAGUUUUGUCAGUCAGUUGUAUUUUAAAAUGUCCCAAAAGUGCAAUUUGAUUCAGAGAAAAAUGUCAUUUUACUGAGCUGUCAAUAUAAUAACCUGGCAUAAAAGAAAAAGGUAACGAGUCCUUUUUUUACGUCGGUGGAUUGAAAUAGUCACCUGACUAAAAAACCUGAAGCUAGUGGUGCACUCAUUUUACCACCCCACCCCCUUCUCCAUCAGUACUCCAUUUUACGGAUAUUUUAAGCUACUUUAAGCUACACAGAACAGAAAGAAGUCAAAAGAAGGAUUUGUUGUCACACCUGAAGUAGGAAAUUUGGAACAGAAGGCUGCUCACUAACCAACUGUGCUAAUUCACAGUCCUCAGCCCAUUGUGAAGUUAUAGCUACCAUCAACGUGUAAGCAACAGAAGUUACUAAAAUCUGUUCUUUUUUUCUUUGAAAGGAAUGGUCUCCAUCGAGUCAUUCUAAACAACUGAAAAAGAAGUUGAGUCAGAAGUUAGAGUCCAGUCCAUCUGGUAUUGCAGCAAAUGUCCUGGACCCAAGCAAGGCAGAACACAUCACCCCAACACAGGUUCACUGUUCUACUGCUUCUGCUCUGUAAUAAUAUUCUGCUCAACUGAACAAGCAAUUUAUCACAACCCAGGGUUAUCAAAGGGGAAAGUUAGGAAGUAGAUUGGCUGGUGGAUAGUGACACCUUUAUUUCCUCUACUGUCCUUUUUACUGUCGAACUGUGCCCAGUGAAACUAGGGAAAUAGCUGGUGAUAUUGCCAGUUGCCAGUACCUUUUGACACCUCUUUAUUAGGGUUCCUUAACAACAAGAUCAUGUGUCACAUGUUCACCAUUACCAGGGUUUAAUUCUAGGAAUUGGCUGAUGAGGGCCCUUUUUCAAGAAAAGGGGCCCAGAGUACAGUACACAUUUUUAUACCACUUAGUUUGGAAUUUAUCAUCUACCAUCUUUUUCAUUGUCUUGAUUGUCAUGGUGCAGAAUUUCACCAUCGCUAGCACUGCCAGUUGGCUUCUCUGUAAACUUCUAGGCUGAUAACAGCUUAAUGGUUUACUGAAAUAUUAUUUUAUAGCUCUUUGAAAUGAGACAGCGUUUAUGUUCUUUUUUAUCCGUUGGGUAAAUGUGCCUUCAGUAGUGAUUAUCAUUUCUACACCCCAUUUGCUGCAGAUAUGUAAAUUUUAUGCAGCCUUAUUUUUCAAAUUGCAGAAGCCCUGCAAUGCUACCCUCUAGAGUAAUCCCUUCAUCACUGGGUGACCCUAUAUUGAUGAAGUUGCGUAACAAUCAAGUUUGUGUUUUUUAGUCAUGGAUAAGGGAGCACUUUGUGUGUGUGGAUCAAGAUAAACUACUUUAUCAUUUUCUUGUGGAAGGAACAACAGUUAAAGAUGGAUCCAAAGUUCAGUGUGAUGUAAGUUGACUUUUUUACCAUAUGAGACGGAAAUGUCAGUAAAUGUUUUAAUUAUAACGUCUUGGGGUAGAAUACUAGUAAAUCUUGCAAGUAAUACGCUAUUAUUUUUGCUGUCCCCACUACCUAGAGUUCCCUUGGUCUUGUCACCUACAUAGCAUGGAAAGGUGAUCUGUUAGUGCUGUCUGAUGUGGAUGGUAAUUUAAGCAUCUGGGAACUCAAGGCAAGAGUAACAAGGUUAGUUUUCACUUUAACACAGCUUUUGUUCUUAAUUCAGUAAUCAACGCAAUGCACAUGUUACAUACAGAUCUUAUUGUUCUUAUAAUGCCCUUUCAAGAAUGAUGUAAUCAAAUGUUGUUGGAUUUUUGUUGGCUGCUCUUAAAAAAAACUUUUUUUCAUAGAAUUACCAGUAAUUAGUAAAAAUGUCAUUUGCCAGUGAGAACAUUAUGAGUUAAUGUUAUGACAAGUGUAAAAUCACUGAUAAGUUUUAGUAGUAAAGUGUGGAUAAAAUUAACCCCUUUUUCCACAAGAAUUUUAUUGAUAUGUGAAGGAAUACAUUAGCACCAAUGACUCCAUAGCCUUUUGUUUUCAUCUUGUGAAAAUGCGGAGGAAUCUCAUUGAGUGAGGAGGAGGAGAAGGAGGGAAAAACAGUAAAAAUGAGUGAACUGAAGUCUAUGUCUUUAGUGCUGGAAAGAGCUGUGUUUCAUUCACCUUCACUACUAUGCACAAAUAAGGCGCCAAUAUCCCUGAACUGGAGCUGAUUGAUCAAAUCGUUAUCUGUGAUGGACAAAAAAAGCAGCUACGUCUUACCUUACCAGUAAUACUUAAUACUCCUCCACUUAUUCAGGGUUAAUUUCAUCCCUACUAUACUACUUAUCAACUUACCAGUAAUACUUAAUACUCCUCCCCUUAUUCAGGGUUCAUUUCAUCCCUACUAUACUACUUAUCAACUUACCAGUAAUACUUAAUACUCCUCCCCUUAUUCAGGGUAAAUUUCAUCCCUACUAUUCUCACUACUAGUUUUGUAUUUUAGGAGUAUGGUUACCCACCGAGGUCACAUUAAGAAAAUCAAAUUUGGUCCAGGAAGAGGAAACAACAAGCUUGCUGCACUCUACAGUGAUGGAAUUGAUAUCUGGGAUUUGCAAAAGGUAGGUUAGAGUGGCGGGUCCAGGGGAGAGGUCCAGGGGGGCCCUUAUCUUUAGACUAAACUGAGGCCCAAAGGGCCAAAAGAAACCCCCCUCCCCCCUUCCUAUGUAAGGGUCUGCUUCGCUUUUAUGGAACGGUGACAAUUAUUGUGAUCUGGGCAAAAAUGUGAAAUAUCGUCAGGUAUUGAAACCUGUUAAAACAUAACUAAAUAUCAGUUAAACCAAUAAUACAUUGACGUCAUUCAUAUGUUCGGACGAGAGUGGUUCAUGAUGAUUGUGAGAAAUGACUACUGAGCAAAGUUCUGAGAAAUGCUUGGGUAGUGAACUAGCAAGGUAUACAGAUGAAAACAUCAGUGGAAAGGUUUAAGUUGUUAACUCGUUUUUGGCCAUUAAAUAAACAUGGAAUGAGCUCUUUUUCUCUUCCACCAGUUUGAAAUUUACAGCAGCUACAAACUUCCAAAGGAUUCUCCUCCUCUUGUCGACAUGGAUUGGUUAGCAUCAGAUUUACCAAUUGUGACACACUCAAAUGGAGCUAUUCUUGUUAUGACAAUGGGCCUAAAAAGCUCUUCCUCAGCUAUGGCUGAUAUGGACCUUGAUGGUAGGCUCCUUUGGUACCUUGAGAGUAAAGUGUAUCUAGAACCCUUAUAAGUGUUCUUUUCCUCAUCACCACCUGGCUCCCUGGGAAUUCUGCCAAAUAUACAAGUUGUAAAUGACAGCUUCUCGUAAUCCCAAUUUUCUUAAAUUCUGUCAGAUUUCAUAAGUUCCAGAGAUGGAUGAGAGAGAAUACGGAGUUUUCUCAGAAUACUAAGUCAAACAUACCUCCAAUCCGUUAGUUGUUACAGCUACUGGUCUGAAAUCCUGCUUGAGUUAUUGGCAGUGAAUUUCUAGUUUAGACUACAACUUCUCAGUGCUCGUAUUUAGACAUUUCAACUUCCUACUUGUGAAUUCUCUGCUCAUGACGUACGUAAUAAUGAGGAAAUGAAUUUCAUGUAUGCAACAACUAUGGCAUUUCAAUUUUCAAACAAUGAAAUCAUUGAUGAAAUCUGUGAGAGUAUGCUAAACGCGGCUAAGCUUGACUGGAAUCUUGCACGCCUCAUAUAGUUAAUAGAGUGUUCUCACAUGACGUCAAGGCGGCCAUAUUGGUAUCCCAAAACAAUGAAACGUCGGCCAUGUUGGUAUUCCAAACCAGUCCUGUGAGAGUUGAACUCUUUUCUUAUGGAAACGCUUUCUUUUGUUCCAGUAAAUUUGCAUAGAUACUGGUCACGUGAGUGAAAACACUCUAUAUGUUUGAAUUCAUUUGAUAGGUCCUUUGUGGUGCCCGUAUAUUAUGGAACCUAAGACAAGUCUUAUUCUCAAGUCUCUACUUCAACACUCUCUUGGAAGGGACCAGUACUCACUGACGGAUUUUUCAGACUUGUAAGAUCUAUUUAGUGAAAACAGAAUCUCAUAAGGGGUUGAAACAUGUAACUCUCAUAUGUAUGCUUUGUCCGAUGCUCGUGAAUUUUCAUUUUUGCAAGUACCAAAUGUGGAACGAGAAGAAAAAACAACUGACCAAUCAAAUGUCGUAAACGACGACGUGAUGUAAUUUUACGCCACGUUCUCAGGAGGGAACCUGAGAGAGCUCAAGCAACAACGAUGGCGACAGAAACAAAAGCGUUACUAAAAACUGUAUUCGCGCUGCUUCAAACUUGAUCGCGCUUAUUCCACCUCGUUCAGUUCGUCUAAAGACGGUAUGAAAGUUCAGGAAAAGAAAAAGAAAUUCGCUGCGUUGUGUCUUCGCCCCCCACAAAAGGGACUUUCAUAUCGUAGUCGUGUAGUGAUGGCAAAGAAAUGUACAAAAAAGCGUGAUGCCCUUGCAAGGUUGUUGUUGAACCUGUUGCCUUUUUAAGGCCGCAGCGAGGCUUUCAAAUAUGGUACUUAGAAAAACUGAAUAUUCACAAGCAUUGAACGCGAGAUACACGUUUCAACCCCUUAUGAGUUUCUCGUGAAACUUCUAAUCUGUUUUAUCAAUUUUUAGUUCUAUCCUAUCUUACAGAUUCGAGACCAAAAUUGUCCCUCGAGGCAACUUUGUAAUAUGACUUUCUCUAGUAAAUAAAAAGAGAGAGAGAGCCUUGAACUCGACUCACCACUGGUACCCACACACAUCUGUUGCGCUAAACGAAGAAUAGAAGGAUUACCAAAACGAUAAUUUAAAAAAAAAUCGUUUUUAAAGUGUUGUUGAACCCUAAAGCCUUUACAUCCGUGUGCGAAACCAAAAGACGUUUUUCCUAACUUAAUCGGAGCUUUUCUUCCACUCCCACCUAUGCACUUUCCUUCUACUUCACUUACCUACAUGUAUACCGUAUAUAAGAAGCAUUAAGACAUAUUAGAUUGUGUAAACCACAUCAUCCAUUUGUUCGUUUUUUACUGACUUCCCUCCCGAUGUCACACAGAAUCGCUCAGAAAGAAAAACGAAAACCAGCAGUCCCGGCAUGCUGUAAGAUCUGGUCAUUGUGGCUAAUUAUAGAGGUUGAGCAUAAUCAGGUGAAUCAAACAAAUACAUCUACAAUGGAAGACAAAAGUAAAGUACAUUGCCGCCCCCCAAUCUCCUUACACGUCAAAAGAAGAUGCAAUCUGGUUUUUUAAUUUUAAUUUUAGGGAAUUAGAAAGUAAAGAGUCCCUGACUGAAAUUCAAAAUCAACUGAAGAUGAUUCCACAGUAAGUAUUGUAAUUUACUGCCGUGAACUGAGCUUGACUAUAUAUUCACAUAGUAGACACCUCUCUUUCGCAAACAGACCGUUGCAUUAUUCUGCUGCUACAACAGGUACAUGGUUUGAUUCACUACAAAUGGUUGUUGCAUUAUUUUAAUUUAUAUAAAAACUGCCAUUCUUAAUACUCCAGGAAAUGUCACCCAAGCGUCUUUGUACUUUAUCUGAUGCUAUCCCCCCCCCCUAAGGCGUUUUUAACAGAAACACUAUUCCAUCCCCUCCCUCUCCUCCCACGAGGUAUAUCAGAGUCGCCCAUACUCAAUUAUGUGUAGUUAUUUAGCUUACGGAAACUAUUCGACUGUUAUUGCGAGUACAUUCUUAUUUUUCUUUGACAUAUUAACAGAGAGCGAAAAACAAGAAUGUUUGCAAAAUCGCCUCAUGUUCGCGUCGCCUCUCCGAGAGGUGAUUUUCCGGGCGCUUGAGUGUCGCUGUAUUUCUUUUGAUAAAGAGACCAGACUAACCUUCACGUUAAGAUCUUGUGUUUCGAUAUUUUUAUUUCCAGAAGCACCACAGAUCUGCUGAUGAACACAGCACUGGGGACCGCACAAAAGUGUUUUUUAACAGCACAGUGAGUUAUAUGGUUCAAAGUGUUAAUUCAUUCAUACUGAUCUGCGCUCAAAAAAAUGUUUUAAUGGUAUGUAGUGUAAAUAAUAGUUAUGGCACUUGAAGUCUAUGAAAGCGAGAAAGUGGGAUUUUAGAAAUUUGCCAUCCGGGGAGCCAGUGAUUUCAAAUGUUGUUUGUGAAAACUCACUGAUUAUCAUUUAUUUUCAGUUUAUUUGGAGAUGAAGCAGAGACAGUGUUUUGGGAGGUCGCUCUUCACUACCUCAGACGAGAAAAGUCAAGAAUAUUAUGUUUGAAACAUCAGGUAACAUAUUCGCGUACGGGUUGCAGUAUCUCACUUCCGGAAAUGAAAACUGUACGUUUGAACUUCUUUACAACAAUGUUAAUGUUGGUUUUCUUUACUUUUCUCAAUUGACACAAUUGAAAAAUGCUUCAUGGCACUGAUAGAAUGUAUUUGUGUGAAAAAAAAAUGACGCCACUUAAUCCCUCGGCCCUCACUGUUUGAACAGAAAAGCUGAGAGGAUGGAAAAAAAAACCCCAAACAUUCAAGUUAUUUUGGGCCUCACAAAGACUGCCAAAUUUGUUGAAAUUUACUGUCCUCUUGUUAACAUGUGUAGUGUGUUACUAGUUUAUUAUUCACUGAUUUUUUUGAGACUGAACACCAGCCCUCGUACAGUAGUCGUUCAAGGUCACAGUCAGUUGACUUCUUUAAUCCAUCUGAAUCCACGACCAAAAUCAAACGAAGCUACAGUUCCCGGAGCCUGGAUCUACUAUCAAUAGAUGACGACCUUGACCUCUGUGGCCGAGAGGAAACUGAAGCUAGUGAGAGCUUAAGCUGCAUCUGUUACCCAGUCUCCCUCGACACCUGUUAUGAUAUUAUCAGUGACACCGAUGCUUUUCAGGUGUGUGUCUGUUUUAAAACAGGAAAGUGAUAAUUUGCAAACCCUCACAGUCACAUUCAUUUAUCAAUAUACUCGCUGUCCACGGACAAAUGUUGAUUACACUGGCCGAUAUUCGCUCAUCUUGACCAUUGCUUAUAGACCUUGAUCGGGUUGCGCUCAUCCUGACCACUGCUUAUAGAAAAUUGAAAAGUGAUAUCAGUAUCAGUUAUAUAUAGAUUUAGCCAAGGCUAAAAGCGUAGCUGCCGUAUAAUCUUCUUCAAACAAUAAACUUGUUUGAACAAUAAACUCUAGUCAACCUACUUAUGAAAUGACUCCUGGGUUCAAAACUUUCACAGUUUAAAACUUGUAACCAUUGCAAAGAAAUCCACUACGUGUUAGGGAUGCGAUCAGACGAAAAGUACUGACUUGUCAGCGGAUAACAAAAAAAAAAACAGGUAACCCUGAUGGGUCGACACCUGAGCCUGCGAUAUGGUCAUGUGAUACUGGUCAACGGAUACUCUGUUUUGACAGCUGUCAAUUGACCACAUCAUGGAUGUGCCAUAUCAGGUUGUACGCUCCCACACUAGCUAGAAAGUGUGACAUUUUUACAUUGGUUUACCUGUGGUGCGGACGGGCGGGCACUUUGCUAUCAACAUUCCUUGGGUGGAGAGUAACCAAAUUUUGUUAGCUAUGAGGCUCUUCUCUCGCAAGCUUCCCGUGCGCGUGGAGCUCCCCUAUCAGUCCAUUAGAUUUAAGAUUAAAAGUUAUUGAAAAUGUUAACCCAACACUGAUUCACCAUCAGUCUCCAAUGUUUGAAAACUUUGACCAAUGUACUCGGUAAUUAAUGAACGAUCCCAAUUUAACAAUGCAAUUUUCGCUAUUUAGAGAAGUCAGCUCGAUCGCCUUGCACUUCAUGACAGUAAACGAUCCACAUAUGAUCACACAAGGAAAUGUGCUGAGACUCUGGUGCUGUUGGGACAGGUAUGAACUUUUUAUUAACUCAGUCUAGAGAUGAUUUCAGAAAGGUUUUUCUCAUCCAUUAGGUUCUUUCCAUUUGACUUUUUAGGUGGGGGUUGGGUGAUUUCAGUAAAAAAAAAACAUUUACUAAAGAGACCAGGGGCAAAACAAGUUCUUGCAUAGAGUUAUAGUAUUAUAUUUUCACCAACAAAAGAGCGUUUCUACAUUCCUUUAAACAAAGGUAGCAAUUCAACGCUUGGGUGGAUAAAAUACAGUGAUUUGUAUGAAAUCGUCCUCCCCUAGCCUUGAUCUCGUUUGAUUAUGUGUGCUCACUAGGGCAAAGAGAUUGAUCACAACUUUCUUUCUCUCUCCGCCACAGUCGUAAGCUUGGACGAAUUCUUACCUUAACCAAAUUAUGAAACCUUUCAUGUUUGACCCUUAUGUCAUGAUAUUCUGUUCCUUUCGUAGGCCGACAGAGCAGUUCAGCUUUUCUUGGAGACAGAUGCUGCUAAUGAUAACUAUUAUGUAGACUCUCUCAGGUAUUAUUACUCUUUAUCUCAAACAUUUUCUGAUAUUGGAGCCUUUUCUCAGCCAGAACAUGCUCCCAGCUAUCUCAAACCGCCUUUUUAAACUAAUUAUGUCACCGUCAGCGUCCAUUUGUAGUCCGAGGAGCUGCGCUGGGGACGGAUAUCGGUCAAUAUUGACAAUCAAAACACUGAACGUGACCUCAAUUCCUGUAAUUUGUUUCCCGGACGCCUUUCAUAUUCUCCUGUAAGAUUUAUCCUGAACGAUGUUAUUCAACCACUACAAGGCUCGCUUUUUUUCUCAGAAAAAUAUCAUCGGAGAACAUUGGAACCAAGCGAGAAGAAACUGAACUAAUUCUGAAGCAUAAAUUUUACAUUUGUUCCGUUUGCUUUUUAGAGCAUGUCUUGUAGCGACGAUCCGUUCUUCAGGCGCAUCACAAAGCACAAUAAAACUUGUAGCAACAAAUCUUAUUGCCAGCGGUAAAUUAGCAGGUUGGUACAUUUAACCUAUUUUAUUAGACUGCAAAACAGUCCCUAUUUUUACGUAUUCAAGUACGUGCGAGCAGUCAAACACAAGGCUAUUAAGUUAGGCUGAACCGAUUUUGAGAAAAAAACCGACUGUUUUGCAGUCUACUAUUUUAUUAACUUAGGUUGAGAUUCCGGCAUCUUCAGCCAGUCAAAUACGGCGCCCCUUUAUGUAUCAUAAAAUUCUGACCAGUUUACGCUGAACCGAAAAAUUAACAAUUUGACGUUUGUUCUGUUGUACUGAAUACAGAGGGAGUGCAGUUGCUGUGUUUGAUUGACAAAGGAUUAGAUGCCUGUCGAUAUCUUCAGACCUACGGGGAAUGGGAUCGAGCAGCGUGGCUUGCAAAGGUAAUAAGAAAGGACUUGACCAACCACAAAUCUGACGACACAAAAUAACAGGUUAAAUAAUACCUGAUAACACUGUUUCUGUUUAUGUAUGUUUUGCCUCAAUUCUUCGCUGCUCUCAGUAAAACGACAUCUUAAUAUAUGCAGAUUAAAAGUUUUAAGUUGGUCUGUAAAGCUAAAACUAUGUGAAGGCUGAGUCUGGCGCGCGUGUCAGUACACGCAGCCGCUAACAUAAGUGAGUUGACGCAACAGGACGGCAGAAAGAAGAGGACGGCAAAACGUUUGAGUGUGACAAACGUGACAAGGCUAUUACUUACUUUUUCUUUAAGAUAAGAUAAGAUAAGAGAUAAGAUAAGUAAAAGUGUUGGCGGAAAGUGUCACGCUUGUCCCACACAAGAUUUGCCGUAUUUCCUCUCCCGUCCUGUUGCGUAAGCUCACCAUUGUGGGAGUACAGAAGGACGGCAACGGAUGACAAGUACAACACGACAGUGGAUUUUUUUUCUUUCUUUUCCUCGUUUUGUCCAUACCCUCUUUCACCAAACAAAGUGGCUCACUCCUAAACUGACUGUGAACAGUUUUUUUAGGAAGCUCUUUUUUAUAGUCAGAAAACCAUUAAGACAGAAUAGAACAACUGUAAAGAAAUUUAUAAGAAUGCAAAACCCUUUCUUGACUUUUUUCUUGGUCUGUGAUUGGUCGCGAAAGGAGAAGAUUUAUUCUAGUGUCCUCGAUUGCUCACCUGCUUGCUUGACUAAUCUAAAUUUCAGGCAACUUUGAACUACCCUGACUGCGCUGAGGUGAUGAGAAGAUGGAUUGAACACCUUUCUAGUACAUACACCAGUCAGCAGGUCUGUACACAAUACGAAUUAAGCCUCCAAUCUAAUAGUUUAUGACAUAAGGCUAUACUCGGCUAAAAGGCUUCAAAGGUAGAAUGGUUGGUUUUGAGGUAUGUUAUGUUGAGAUGAGAGCGUUUGCCUGUAUUCACACUAUGCCGGAUAGGUCUUGCGCCGUCACGAAAACCAUAUUGGAUAUGGUUUCUGUUGACGCAUAGAACGGUGAUUGCUGAAAGGAAACGACAUUGCGCCUCACUGAUCGUAAAAGUGGACCGUCACAUUAUUUCUGCCACUCUUCGUCGCAGUGUAAACAGAUGUUCGGACCGUAGCGGAAAUAACUGAGUAGCAGCUAGGAUUGGAACCCCUGAGCAAAAGGAUAUAUUCAGAAUUGAGGAAUGGGAUCUUGUACUCCAAACCCUCUGGGCUAAUCGCUCUGGUACGAUGUGUGAAGUGUGAUAUGUGAAGUGUGUGAACGGCUUGUUCCAGUUCUGUUACGUCAACGUUUAUGCUGAACAACAAAGCCUUCAAUCUCGACACAAAAAUAUAUAGGGUGUGGUGUAAACAUUGCAGAUAAAGUUACGAGGGCUUAGUUUCCGGGCGUUUUGCUAUUAGCUAUCGUUCUGUCUCCGUGUCGAUCCUCUGGUGAUUCCCACCCCCUCACGAACAUGCGGUAUUUCUUAACUCAAAUAUGAUCCCUAUACCACUCUUUCCCGGGUCUUGCGGAAACUGUUAGUGAGACUAUUACACCAAGAGCAUUGGAAGCGUGACCGAGUAAAGAGUGGUCUUCUCUUUUGCGAGGAUACGUGCUCCAGUUAGCGGAGGAAGACUGUCAAUGUUUGAGUCAUUUGUACGCAAAAAUGGGGCCCUACGAAGGGGAUUUUUAUAACCCAACUUUAGCUAGGCUGUCAUGUUUUUUUGUUUUGUUUUGUUUUGUCUUUUUCAGAGCAAGGCUGUAUUGGUGUUACUUUCUUUGGGCAAGUUCUAUAAAGCUCUAGAUAUGUUGUACAGGUAAGUGGAACAACUGUAUAAGAUAAGGAUAUAAUUUAAAUUUCACAUGGUUGAAUUCCAUUAACUUGGGUAAGUAGAAAUUAGGCGUGAAUCGUGUUGGAGCAUCGUAGCUCUUCCCUCGAAUAUCCCAAUAUAAGACUGGGGAGCGAGCUUAUUAUACGUUUAUACGUGCCAACCAGCUAACCUAGCUUUCACUCCUCCCUCCUUCACUCUCAUGUGGCUUGGAUUCCGGGACUUCUGCUAUACUCACGCUGCAGGCCUUGCCUAUCAAUAUUAAUGUGCCAAGCAGAAGCACAUAUGUUCCUGAAACAAAAGAUGCUUUUGUUUCACUUGUUACAAAUUUGAAUUACAAUAACAAUGUUUGUAAACAGUGAUGUCUCUUAUAAUGCUUACAACCACCCCGUGGUAAGAUAUUAAGGUUUAAGGGAGGAACGAGAGUAGUAUAGUUAACACCAAAUGUGUGUUUUUUUGUGAAGCAAUUCACGAAAAAAACUGCGAUAAAAUUGUUGUUAGCUUGCGGAGAGUGGCAUCACUGCAUGAUGUUUAUCUCGUAUCCAGAUCUCUUUUGGUCAGUUCAAAUGAGUGACUACGAUGGUGAUCUCAGUACAAGUUAAGGAAAAUGUAAUGUUUAAUUUUAGCACAAACGCGCGCGGUCAGAGGUACCUUAUAUUUAUUAUUUAUCUGCAGCAUGCGGUAUUUUGACCGAGCAGGAUUGUUUGCGGAAGCUUGUCAAGAGUUUGGUUUUCUUUCUCCCGAAGAGGAAAAAAACAGUAUCCUUGCAAAGCUUAGUUGAUUUGAACUGCUUCCCUUAGUGUUUUCUCUGAGAAGCCCUGCCAACAGUGGCAGAAUUUCAAAAAGUCAAGAGCCACCAGAAUAUGAUCAUUAGUUCUAUUUCAAGAUUGUCCUUGACGUUAAGAAGAAGUUAUGUAGAAUAAAAUUGCUUAAAAAGGGGGAACUAGUCAGUGUAGUGUAGAGCCUGUAGAAAAGCCUCGGGUAGUCCAUUUCUGGCCUUCUGUUACGCAACUUCGAGAGCGUCGCGUUGCGUGAUAAUCUGAUAAAAGAUAGUUAGAAUUCAUCUCACGGAGGGUGGGGGCCGCAGCGGGGAAGGAAAAUGAAACACGAACGCACGCGACAAGUGGAGGUUUCUUGCGGACUGUGCUAUGUAUUGUCGAAAGUGUAUAAUAUCCUUGAAUCCUUGACUCCUGUUGUAUUAGCUGCACUGGUCCAUGCUGUGUACACUGAGUAUGCACGCUAUCUUCAUGGUCUUGGACUAAAAAAAGCUGCUUAUUUCUUCGCUAAUAAAGCUGGACCAAAGGCUAAGCAACUCAUAGAUGGACUGUAGAUAACAAGAUCCAAGUUUGCUGUUUGCUAAUUGCAGCAAAGUACUACAAAGUAUGUGUGCCAAAAACAGCUUUUCAGGAAGCUGUUUCAAUAAACGAUGUAAACAUUGGGAGACCUAAUGCGUGAUAAAGAUAGUGAGUAAAAAGGCUGCCUGGAGAAUUGUUCCAAGCUCAAAGGCAAUUAAUGAUGUAAUUUGUAAGACGCAUCUUUCUGUCUUUCAUGUAUCAGUGGUACUAAUUAUACCUUGCAAUAUACAGUGAACCCAUAGACUUAGGUGGAGAUCAUAAAAAGUAGCAAUUAUAAAACCAACUCAAGUUUACAGAUGUCCUUUGUUAGAAGUUAUACUCGAAUUAUGAUUGGUGUAUAACAAAAAUUAUGUAAGGUACUUUGAAAAAAACUUCGUUAAGUCAAUGCAGGCACUGCUUGUAUUUCUAUCAAAUCUAUUUUAGUAGAAUAA